CCUCGUGACUCACCACCACCACCCACACCCACAUACUCUCGUUUCCCCCUUUCCUCCGAAAUUCAUCACUCGCUCGCACUGUACCUGAAUUCUCUCUGUUUCUGCUCCUCCACCAUGAUGCUCAGGGCUGCCCCUGACUUCUCUGUAUUGAACUCUCCUCGUGGAGAAGCUUUGGGUCCUCUGCCUUCCUCUGUUUCAUCUGAGUCUUCGAAUUCUUUUUCUCCUCUCAAAUAUUCCGCUUCUCUGGCCUCGAGCCUCCGCUGUUUUACUGCCAAGAAACACAACGCCUUUUCCGUUUGCGCGGCUUCUAAGGGUUCGAACAACCGGCCGCUCACCGGUGUCGUAUUCGAGCCCUUCGAAGAGGUCAAGAAGGAGCUCGAUCUCGUCCCCACCGUCCCACAGGUCUCUCUCGCUCGACAGAAGUACUUGGACGAGUGCGAGUCCGCGGUUAACGAGCAGAUCAAUGUGGAAUACAAUGUCUCGUAUGUUUAUCAUGCCAUGUAUGCCUACUUCGAUAGGGACAACGUUGCGCUGAAGGGUCUUGCCAGGUUUUUCAAGGAAUCAAGUGAAGAAGAAAGGGAACAUGCGGAGAAAUUGAUGGAAUAUCAGAACAAACGUGGUGGAAGAGUGAAGCUGCAACCUAUAGUGAUGCCUCUCUCUGAGUACGAUCAUCCGGAGAAGGGAGAUGCGUUAUAUGCCAUGGAGCUUGCACUGUCUCUAGAGAAGCUUACAAAUGAAAAGCUCCUCAACUUACACAGAGUGGCUUCACUGAAAAACGAUGUUCAGUUGACAGAUUUUGUUGAAAGCGAGUUUCUAAGUGAGCAGGUUGAAGCCAUCAAGAAAAUUUCUGAAUAUGUUGCUCAGCUAAGAAGAGUGGGCAAAGGACAUGGUGUCUGGCACUUCGAUCAGAUGUUGCUCCAUGAGGAGGGAGCGGUUGAUGCAAUAGCUUGAGGUUUACUCUUUUUGUUUCUUUCAUGUCAACUGUUUUGGAGUAAAUUUUAAGCGGAGUCUUUCAUAAACAAACUCUUAGAGACGCUGAGUUUGGUUAGAAUUUUAUGAAUAGAGAAUAAAUUCGAACA